CUUUAUCGAGAAUAUUACUAACAGCCAAUCAAAAUGUCACUAGAUAUAGUUAAAAAAACACUGACGCUCCGGAUUGGUCACUUAGCGGAAAAUCUAGUAAUGUUGUCCAACUGUUGAGCCUGCCGAACGGUGCCAGGUUUAUAAGGUUAUGUUUCCCACGUGCGCAACGUUUUUGUGAUUAUGUUUAUUACGUUAUAAUUGAUUAUAUUUGGGAUUAUAUUUAAAUAUAUAGCAAAUGAGUUAUGGCUUCAUAUCGCAUACACAAUAUUAGAUUUUACAAUCUCGAACCGAAGUCCGUCACUUGUUUAUGUUAUGAACCAAAAACUAAAAAGGUAGCUCUUGCGAGAGCCGGUAAUUCUAUAGAAAUCUGGAAUGUCGGCAAUGCUCCAUUCGUCGAAUGCACCAUAGCCGGUCACGUCAAGAACUCGGUUGAGAGCAUACUAUGGAUCGGUACGAGACUGUUCUCGACCGGCCUCCAGGGAGCAGUGGUGGAGUACGAUUUAACGACGCUAGGAAUCAAGUACGAGGUCUUGGUGACGGGAGGCUCGGCCUGGUGCAUGGACGUGAAUCAUGAGAAGACCCGGCUAGCUGUCGGCACAGAGGACGGUUACAUCAAUACCUUCAUCGUGCGCCAAGAGAAGCUGAUUUACGAGAGAAUAUUCGACAAGCAGAAAGGAAGAAUUCUGUGCAUAAAGUGGGACAACACGGGUGAGAUGAUCUAUACAGGCUCGACCAACACCAUCAGAGUGUGGAGCGCCAUAUCUGGGCACGCGAUACACAAAAUGACGACGUCGAAAAGUAAAGUCAGGAAAGACACGAUAGUUUGGUGCCUCGCCGUUACCGACGACAACGUAAUAAUCUCGGGCGACUCUCAUGGGUUCCUGUCCUUCUGGGAUCCUCACGUAGGAGUGUUGAUAGAGUCCCACGAGAGCCACACGGCUGACAUACUGGCCGUCACAUUGUCGCACGACAUGAACAUUGUAUACUGCACGGGCGUGGAUCCGGUCGUGAGAAGUUUCUGCAAGGUUAUCCUGAAAUCCAGCGGCAAGCCCCAGUGGGUGAAGGGAAUCGAGAGAAGGUUACACGUGCACGACGUUCGAGCUCUCGUAGAGGCCAACGGGAAGCUCUAUUCGGCUGGAGUGGACGGCUACCUCGCCGUGUCGAGUUAUCCGCCGAAGAAUCUCGUCAAGUAUCCACCCUUGCUGCAGCCGCCCUGCGCCACGAUCUGUCGCAAGUCCAGGUGCAUCCUGCUACGGUACACCAACUAUCUGGAGCUGUGGCGACUCGGCUCGGCCACUAAAGAUCCCCCGGAGCCGGUACGUUCUUCUAUGCUGCAUCAACUGGACGACCAGCCCAUAAAAUUGUUGCAGUUGCAAACGAAGGGUGAUGAAAGCAUCAUCUCUUGUGCCAUCAACAAGGAUUCUAAAACUAUCGCGUACUCGACCGACACUCACGUGAGAAUAUUCAAUUUCGACGUAGUGGAGGGAGACGCUCAGCUGUCCAGGAACGAUACCGACUUGCCCAUGAAACGGAUACAGAAGAUGCUGUUCAGUCCGAACGGCAAACUGUUCGCCACCAUCAACAAUGACGGCAGUGCGAACACCGUGACGCUGUUCAAAGUGGAGAAGAGAAGUCUGAGCUUGAUCGGUUCGUUCCAAACGACGAAGGAAUCCAUCGCGAAUGCCGGUCUUGUGUGCUUCUCGCCAGACAGCAAGUACCUGGUGUGUGCGGACCGGCAAUGCGGGAUCGCCGUGUACUUCAUCGGUGACGGCGUAACGGCGGAGUCGCUCAAGGCUUGGCAAUUACCGAAGUACAGCUGCCCGCCGACGGCGAUGGCCGUGCAGAAGGGCACGCUUAAUCUGGUUGUAGUGUAUUCCGAUCAUAAGAUCGUCGAAUACAAUCUCCCAAGGAGACAAUACACAGAGUUCUCCAAUACUCUGCAAAGUCGAAUACCGAAACAAUGGUUGGCGCGUCCGUUCCCAAUUACGAACGUCAUAUUCGAUCCGGGUAACGAGAACAUCAUUAUUAUGCAGGAUGACUCAAGUGUGUACGUUAUUAACAAGGUCGGUGAAUUAUCAGAGAGGGCGGCAAAACUUUCAAGGCGUGAAAAUGGAGAGAGCGCGGAAGACAGCAACUCCGUUUCAAGCUCGCAGUACCAGCAUGCGUUCCAAGUUGCCAAGAAGUAUAAGCAUCUCGUCUAUUUAAAUUGGUUGAACGACGAAGAGCUGGUUGCAGUCGAGGUGAAUCCAACAUCGCUAUCGGAAAAGUUACCACCCACGUUAAAACAAAAGUUCUUUGGCAUGUAAAUAUUGUAUUUACGAUCAUCGAUAAAGUGCUAUUAAUAAUAAUAAUAAUAAAAUAAGUUUAUAUUUUA